GAUGUGGGGUGUUCGCCGAGCCGCCGCCACUAAGGCUCGGUCUCUCGGUGUCUCGGUCGCUGCGUCGUCGUCGUCCUCCCGCUCGUCCAUCAUGGCCCUCAACAUCCCCGGCGUGAGCGUCAUGAUGUUCUUCUACCUGCUGGUGCUCGCCAUCGGCGUGUGGGCCUCCUUCAAGUCCAAGCGGGAGGCCAAGAAGGGCCGCGGAGACCAGACGGAGAUGGCGCUGCUCGGCAACCGCGGCAUCAACCUGGCCGUCGGCAUCUUCACCAUGACGGCCACGUGGGUCGGCGGCGGGUUCAUCGUGGGCACCGCCGAGGCCGUGUACAACCCGUCCAUGGGGCUCAUCUGGGCCGUCAUGCCCGUCACGGCCACCGUGUGCUUCAUCUUCGGCGGCCUGUUCUUCGCCGAGCCGAUGCGCAACAGCAAGUACGUGACCAUGAUGGACCCGUUCCACAUCAAGUACGGCAAAGCGGCCACGGCCGCCCUGUCUCUGGCCGCGCUCGUCUCCGAGAUUAUGUGGGUGACGGGCACGCUGAUUGGAUUAGGCGUGACCAUGAGCGUGAUCCUGGAUCUGUCGUACACGGUGAGCAUCUGGAUCUCGGCCGCCGUGGCCAUCACGUACACGCUGCUGGGCGGACUCUACUCGGUGGCCUACACGGACAUCAUCCAGCUGGUGCUCAUCUUCAUCAGCCUGUGGCUGUGCGUUCCCUUCGCGCUGCUGAGCCCGGCCGUGACGGACAUCACGCGGACGGCGUCCAACUACACCUUCCAGCCGCCCUGGCUCGGCACGCUGGAGGACAACCGAGUGUGGCGCUGGAUCGAUAACUUCUUGAUCCUGGGCUUGGGCAACCUGGGCCUUCAGAACUUCCACCAGAGGACUUUGUCCGCCGCCUCGUCCACCACGGCCAAGAUCAGCUGUUUCGCCGCCGCCUUCAUCGUCCCCACGCUGGGAAUUCCGCCCAUCCUGCUGGGCGCGGCGGCCGCCUCCACGGACUGGAACAUGACGUCUUACGGUUCUCCGUCUCCGUUCGAGCGAGGCCAGACGGGCCUGGUGCUGCCCAUCGUGCUGCAGCACCUCACCCCUCAGUACAUCUCCAUCGUGGGCAUCGGCGCCGUGGCGGCCGCCGUCAUGUCGUCCACCGACUCGGCCCUGCUGUCCGCCGCCUCCAUCUUCACCUCCAACAUCUACAAGAACAUCCUCAGGACGCAGGCUUCGGAGCAGGAGCUGCAGUGGGUGAUCCGCGCGUCGGUGGUGGCGGUGGGCCUGGCGGGGACGUCGCUGACCUUCCUGGACAACAGCGUGCUGAUGAUCUGGUUGCUGCGUUCGGACCUGACCUACACGCUCAUGUUGCCGCAGCUGGUGUGCGUCCUCUUCUUCGCCGUGUCCAACGGCUACGGCGCCGUCCUGGGCUGCCUGACCGGAAUGCUCUUCCGGGUCCUGUGCGGCGAGCCCGUGCUGGGCGUCCCGCCCGUCAUCCGCUUCCCGGGCUGCGCGCUGGUGAACGGCGUGCACGUGCAGAUCUGGCCCAUCCGCACCAUCUGCAUGCUGUCGGCGGUGGCGGCCAUAUUGUCCUUCUCCUUCCUGACCUCGCUGCUUUUCCACAAGGGCGUCAUCUCCGAGCGCUGGGACUUCUUUCAAGUGCUGACGCGGGACUCGGCCGAGACGCAGGACGCCUCCAAGUACGGCGUCAAAGACGACGACGACGACGACGAGGACGAGGACGAGGACGUGAAGGAACAGAACGAGAGCAACCAAGUGUGCGAGCCCAUGUUGGAAUCCAAUUUUUAGAGCGCGUGACUUUGAUUUAAACGCGACUGUGUGGAGUCGUUUAGGAACAAAAUGUAUGCAAGUUUAGUCGGAGUACAGUCAUCUCCCCCAGCCGCCCCGAAGCGCCGACUCUUCGUGACCGACGAUCCGUGCCGCCUUCCUCUUUUGCGUUUUCAACGGGCAAUCGAAAAUCGAAGAAUCUUGUUGGUUUUGCAGUGUCAAACUCAAGGCCCAGGGUCCGAAUUCAGCCCACACGCUUUUGUUUCUCAUCUUUGGCAUCUACGUGGAGACGUUUUAAUAAGGUCACGCUUCAGCACUUCAAUCGGAUUCCAAUCUUGUUGGUGUGUUGUCCUGUGAGGACACGUUUGGAAUGUGAUUGGCUGACGAAACGCUCUCAUUACUAAUAUAGUUUAUGUUACACGGGCCAUCACUGCGGAUUCUGAAGGCCCUGGGCAGAUUAGAUUUACAUAGCAACACAUUGAGGCUUUAAUCUGAUUGGACCAAAAACUAUGAAACCAAAGCAGUUUAAUAGCGUUUCAAACUCAUUUUACAUUACCCUUAACACUUAAAAGCGAAAAAGAAAGACGGCUUGUCGACUAUUUGAUUUGGGAAAAAAAUGUGCGCACACAACAAAAACGCUCCGCAACAACCCGGUCUGAAUUUAGCUCCUCCCCGACAUACAAAUCAAAGCAUACUUCCUUGACACCAAUUCCCAUUCAGACAGGGCUUUGGUGGUUUCUUGUAGCAUGUCAGGACAUUUCAGAAAGAGUGGGGGGGGGGGAAAAAUAAUAAUAAUAAUACAAAUGAGUGAAUUGAUUAAGAGUGAGCCGCGAAUAUACAGGGGAUUA